AUGGAGACAGGAUGGAAGGAACAUGCUGAGAUAUCACCAAGUUGUCCCCGGUGUGGUUCCUCAAAUACUAAAUUUUGUUAUCACAACAACUACAGUUUAGCACAACCGAGAUACUUCUGCAAAGGUUGUAGAAGGUAUUGGACUAAAGGAGGAUCCCUACGAAACGUGCCUGUUGGUGGUGGUUGCAGGAAGAAUAGAAGAGGAAAGUCAAUGAGGCUAUCAACAGAUGUUCACUCUAAGAUUUCAGGUUAUGGAGGCUUGUCUAAUAACUCUAUUAGACAUCCAUUUAGCCAUAAAGGAAUUUCCUCCAUGGAGUCCUCUAGCUCAUCGAUGACUCCUGAUGGUUCUCAUAUUGAUCUCGCACUUGUUUAUGCAAAGUUCUUGAAUCCACAGCAAGAUUCCAAGAGUGGUUUUGAAGUGCCUGAAUUUAGAAGCGAGUUUGAUCCAUAUCUUGAAUUCCCUAACAUUCCGAGCUCGUAUUUGGAAUCAAGUGCUCAAUUACCUGAAGAAAAUGGUCUUGCUGGAUCCCUCACCAUCUCUGACUUUUCGACAGGAGUUACUUUGAGUGACAAUGAUCACUUGAUGUACUACUAUAGUCUAGACUCAGCUCAAAAGCACCAAGAUCACCAAGAUAGGACUCAACAGUGUACAAGUGAUCAUGAAACAAGCAGCUUCCACUUGCUACCAUUGCCAGGACAAGACACAGUCUCUCAAGAGAUGCUUUGGUCAAAUUCUCACAUGAUGGAUAAUCAUAGCCUGGAAAUGUCUCAACAACCAGUUCUUGGACCUGACACUCAAGAUCCUAAUCUAUUGUUUGGUAACUGGAGUCCCUUUGACAUGUCUAGCGAUGAUACUUUCUCAAGGUCUUGAUAAAAUGUGUUACUUCAUUGCCUUUUUCCCUUGCUAUACAUGCAUAUCACUGUAUAGAACCCGGAAUAAUCUACAUAAACAAAUAAGUAUAUGUUACCCGUGU